AUGUACGUUCCCGUCUUCACGGAUAAGUCAACCCUGCUGUGCAGCACGAGGAUUCUGCGCAUGCCUAGCUUCCACCCACCGCAAAGCCCCGCCCCGGAAGUGCCUUGCGAAAAGGCCCCUGGAUUGUCCAAUCCAGAAGUGAGGGCUGCCGCCAUGGCUUCCCUGGGCGGUGAAACUCAGGCCUCCGAGGAUAGUGGGCGUAAGAAGCCCCGACUUGCAGCUUCGCUACAGCUACCGCUAUCGCUCCCGAUGAACCCCCAGCCCCCUUCUGUGGGCCUGGGCCACGGCAUCUGGGGGCCCGUGUCUCGCCUGGACCCUGAUGUCCAGGAGGAGGCUGCCAGGCAGCCGCCGGCCUUGGCAGCGGGGGACAGUUGGCCCCAGAUAGGGGCUGGCCUCGGAGAUCUGGGGGCGGCAGCAGCCUGGGCACUGGAAGACUUCGGGGGCCAGAUGGCGGGGGCCUCGGGGGUCUCUCUUCCCCCUGCAGGGGCCACGGGGGACAUCCCGGAGGUGGCCAGGCUGCUGAGCCUGCAGCCCCAGGACCCGCUGUCCCAGCAGACCUCCAGUCUGCUCGCACAGUACAUGGCCAGCCUGGGCAUCUCCUGCACAUUCCACGAGGACCAGCUGGCAGCUACUGCCUGCCUUGGGUCCUCGCCGAGGUCAGAGGAUGUUGAUAGGCUCGGCACCCAGCUCCGAGGCCCUGGGGUCUCCCAGAUGGUGACAGGACGCUUGCCAGCCCAUCCUUUUCCAGACCCCAGCUUCCGCUUCUCGGUGCCUACGGAGCUGGACGGGGUGAUCCAAACGGUGGGCAGUACCCACAGCAAGGCCCAGGAGCAGCCACUGAUGGCCCUGUCCAGCCUCUGUUACACGCGCAAAUCUACCGAGAUCCCAGGGUCCCUGCCAAGCCCCAGCCGGCCUCCACUGCCUCCACAGCCUGCACUGCCUCCACUGUCCAUCCUGAGCUUAGGCACACACACCCACUGUGCAGAGAGCUUCGUGUCCCAUGAACAACGCUGUGCUGCUGUGAUCAGCGCUGGCUUUGACCGCCUGGUGGCUUCUGCCUCGCCAUACCAAGCCUGCAAGGAGACUGUGGCUGCUGUUAUCCUGGAGAGAGGUAGGGGCUCCUCUACCCCUUGCCUCCUCGAGGUCCCGGGCACCAAGGACCGUGACAAGGAGAUCUACCAGCUGGUGGCUCUGGGCACAGGCGGUGGCAGCUGUGGUGGCCGGUUGGAGUUCUCAGGCCGGCAGCUCCAUGACAGCCAUGGGCUGGUGGUGGCCCGGCGGGCCCUGCUGAGGUAUUUGUUCCGACAGCUCCUACUGGUGACGCUUGGAGGUCCCCAGGGCAAGGAGAGGUCUGUGUUGGCCCCCCAGACGGGACCUGGGCCCCCAUUUGCCCUCAAGCCACGCACUUUCCUGCACCUCUACACCAAUACCACCCCUCAGGGAGCAGCGCAUGACAUCUGUCUCCCCCUUGCCAGUGAUGGUGCCUUGCACAACCCUGCCCUGCGCCUGCAGGCCCACGUGCGUGGGCAGCUGCGGCCUGUGUGCUAUCUGGCGCCUGCACUCCGGGAAACACACACAGCCUGUCUUUCGGCCAGUGACAAGCUGGCACGCUGGGCUGUGCUGGGAUUGGGCAGCGGUCUCUUGGCUCACUUCCUGCCACCCCUCUAUGCCACCAGCCUGGUUCUGGCUGACCCCUGCCAUGACCCUCCAACCCUGGACAAGGCCAUCCAUAGCCGGCCCUGCCUAGAUGGGGCACUGGGGUCCAGUCUACCUCCACCUUAUGCCCGCACUACAAUGCAUCUUUUCUCCGGGCCCUCUCUGGCCUCUUCCAAGCCUGUAUCCAGUACCUGCCAAGGCCUGAGCCUCAACUGGAGUCUGGGGGACUCUGAUGUCGAGGUCGUGGACGUGAACACGGGACGUGUGAAGGCCAACGGAGCCCCUGGGCCUCCCUCCCGCCUCUGCAAGGCAGCUUUUCUCCAUGCCUUCCGCCAGACGGCCCGUGCGGUUGGCAAGCCUCAACUGCUGGCUUUGAAGACCUACGAGGCAGCCAAGGCGGGGCCCCAUCAGGAUGCUCGCAGGCAGUUGUCCAUUCUCCUGGACCAGCAGGGUCUGGGCUCUUGGAUGCCGAAGCCACUGGUGGGCAAGUUCAAAGACUGA